AUGUCAAGAGUCCCGAGUCCCCCUCCCCCUGCGGAAAUGUCCAGCGGGCCUGUGGCUGAAAGCUGGUGCUACACACAGAUCAAAGUGGUGAAGUUCUCUUACAUGUGGACCAUCAACAACUUCAGCUUCUGUCGUGAGGAGAUGGGCGAGGUUAUCAAGAGCUCCACCUUCUCCUCUGGGGCCAAUGACAAGCUGAAAUGGUGUUUGCGAGUGAAUCCAAAGGGCCUGGAUGAAGAGAGUAAAGAUUACCUGUCUCUCUAUCUGCUGCUGGUCAGCUGUCCAAAGGCUGAGGUACGCGCCAAGUUCAAGUUCUCCAUCCUAAAUGCCAAGGGGGAGGAGACCAAAGCCAUGGAAAGCCAGAGAGCAUAUCGCUUUGUCCAGGGGAAAGACUGGGGUUUUAAAAAGUUCAUCCGGAGAGACUUCCUCCUAGAUGAAGCCAACGGUCUUCUACCUGACGAUAAGCUCACACUCUUCUGUGAGGUGAGUGUGGUACAAGACUCUGUCAACAUAUCUGGGCAGAACACGAUGAACAUGGUGAAGGUGCCUGACUGCCGGUUAGCAGAUGAGCUCGGGGGCCUUUGGGAGAACUCACGCUUCACUGACUGUUCCCUUUGUGUGGCUGGCCAGGAGUUUCAGGCCCACAAAGCCAUCCUGGCAGCACGUUCCCCUGUAUUCAGUGCCAUGUUUGAACAUGAGAUGGAAGAGAGCAAAAAGAACCGUGUGGAGAUCAAUGACGUGGAGCCAGAGGUUUUCAAAGAGAUGAUGUGCUUCAUUUACACAGACAAGGCUCCCAAUCUGGACAAGAUGGCUGAUGACUUACUCGCAGCUGCUGACAAGUAUGCUCUGGAGAGACUGAAGGUCAUGUGCGAGGACGCUCUGUGCACCAGUCUGUCUGUUGAAAACGCUGCUGAAAUCCUCAUCCUGGCUGACCUGCACAGCGCCGACCAGCUCAAAACACAAGCCGUCGACUUCAUCAACUACCAUGCUGCAGAGGUGAUGGAGACAGCAGGUUGGAAGUCCAUGGUAGCAUCCCAUCCUCACUUGGUGGCUGAAGCUUAUCGUUCCCUGGCUUCAGCCCAGUGCCCCUUCCUUGGACCCCCACGCAAGCGCCUCAAACAGUCCUAACAGCCCCUGCAGCAAGGCGUCGACACACACGCAUAUACACACACACACAUAUACACCGAAAAUACACAGAUCCCCCUCUCAAACACACAGGGAUAACCUUUCCCCUUGCUGUUACCUACUACACUACCUACAGCCUCCCAUUAAUCUCCCCCUUCUGCCCCAUCCAAACCUGCUGUAUUUAGUCUCUUCUAAAGAUGGAGGGAAGGAGGAGGAGGAAGAGGAGGAGAUGGAGAUGGAAGAGAGGGACAGAUGGGCUCGUGAAGUGGAUGUUUGUCGUUUACAAAAACCACAACACCCCUCCCCUUUACUCCUUGGCUGUGGCUUAGUGAGGUCUGACGUUGUGCUCUUUUCCGUGUGUGAAAACUCGACCUAAAUCCUUCGACAUCCUGCUAGUUCCUGUUUGGAAUUUGGAAUCCGUUCGGGAGGAAGAACUGGACACAUCAACCCAAUAAGAGCCAGCUGUCUGGAAAUUCAGAGGCUUAAAGGAGAAGUGCAGACAAAGUCUUUAACUGUCUAUUUUAUCAUAAGGCCUCUUUUUGCUCUUAGUGCUUGGAGUAGAGUGGUUGAAGAAGCCCCCAAACUAAGGACACUUGGGCCUGUGAGGGACGAAAGAAGACGAAAAAGCGGGCCUAUUAGUUACAAACUAGAAGCGCCCAGGGAAGACAACCAAGGGCUAGUCAAAAUGCAGAUAUGGGACUAAAUCAUCAAAAUAAUUUCCCAGAGAAGGUUGGGAAAACAUUGCACUAAAGUCACAGGUCACCCCUUGUCAACCCUUACCAGCAGUCAAGUAGAAAUACUCAAGGCAAGCACACGUUGAAGCAAGCUUCAUGGACUAAAGACCGAGUUGGACCACCAAGAACAAGUACCCUUUAAAAUGAUCUAUCAGCAAAGUGACAAAGACAACACAUGUACUCCCAUAUAGAACUCUGCUUCAUCUGUGUCUGUUUUCAUUUUUCAAGUAGCUGAGGGAAAAACAGUAUAGAGAGGAUACAGAAAAUAGCAACGCACAACUGGAUGUCAUUCUUGGGGAAAUGUAUUUUGUGUCUGGAUCUGUCUUUGUAACCCUUGAGAGAGAAGAAAAUCCAAGGUGUCAAUAGACGAACCAACCAGGAGGAAAAAAAAGUCAAGAAAUGGUUUCAAAAGAACAUUAGGAUUCAAUCGGGCAUGUUAAUGUUCUUUUAUGAAAUAUUUCUUAUUUGUUUCUCCUUAGAAGUGUCAUUUCUAUUUUUUUUUCAUAGGAAUUUGUACAGACACUAGUGUUUUUGAAGCUGUGUAAACAAAAAAGCAUUUUCAACCGUGAAAUUGAAUAGGCGGACAGACGUUUUCUUUGCAGGCAUGAAGACUGAGGGGAAAUGGUAUUGAAUGAACACGUUUUAAUGUUCAGAAUAGACAAUGUGAAAAAUGCACACCGAGGCAAACCACAUGAAAUACAUUUGAAGUUAUCGUUUUAACCUGGUGGAAAAUGGUAAUUGAUAGAAGGAACCAUCGUUGUUUCUUUCCUGUAGAUAUCGCUGGUUAUGAGAAGUGACACUUAGUUGUUGCCAUUUUUUGUUCCCAAAAGAAUAAACCACAACUAUUUUGUAUUGAAUGCAA